AUGCACACUUGCAUCUCGUCUUACCUCAUAUACUCACAAUUAUUCAUACAUCAGGUCUUGUUUUUCAUUGCAAAAGAACGUCAAAUGUAAAUCCGAUGGACGAUAAGCAUAUUUUAUUUCUCAUCCUCAACAUCUUCAGUCUGCUUCCCGUAAAUAGUCACUGUCAUUGUUGUUAAGUAUAAAUAUAUAUAACUGCCGUUGUUAUUGUUUUUGUUCCUGGCUGAGUUGUCAGGCCAGACUCAGCGAUCUCGUCGAAGUUUGCUCUGCACUCGGAUUUCUCGGAAAAGACAUGAACGCCCAUGAUGGAGGUUGUGGAGCUGAUCAACAACUUUGACUACAGCUUUGGCUCCUAUGCGUUUUCAAGAUGGAUAGAACACUUAAUUAUAGAGUAUCAAACUUCAAAGACACUGCUAGCAGUGUCUAUCGGUAUUCUGUUGACAAUCUUGGCUGUGUCAAUCUAUAUUCUUCGAAAAUGGAAGACCAAAGAACUUUUGCCACAGGUCAGAGAAUUUGUGGGUGUAGGCACGGGAAGGCCAAGGUUCAGAAAGCGAGACAAAAUGCUGUAUUACGGCAGAAAAAUGCUCAGAAAGGUGAAAUCCAUAAGUGGCCAAGUGCACAGUGCGGGCCAAGGAAAAAAGAGAAGAGCUGUCAUGAGAUUUGCCAGACGGCUUUUGCAGUUAAAAAAAGAAAACACUCCUCAGCAGUUGAAAGUACUGGAGCCACCUGCAGAGUAUUUAGAAGAAGAAAUAGGCACUGGAAACAGAGUGCCACCGGAUGCGCUCUACAUACUGCAGAGCAUACGAGUGUUUGGUCAUUUUGAAAAGCCAGUAUUUCUGAAGCUGUGCAAGCACACUGAAAUUAUAAAUUUGCCAGCAGGAAAUCAGUUAUUCAAAAUCGGAGAUCCAGAUGAGAAUGUGUUUAUUGUUCAACAGGGUUUAGUUAAUGUUUACAUAACAGGUCCAGAUGGAUCUCAGAUCUCACUGAAGCUCGUAAAAACUGGGGAAUCUGUUACUAGUCUUUUAAGUUUUACCGAUGUAUUAACUGGUCACGUGAGCACGUAUAAAACAGUAGCCGCACGAGCCGUAGAAAAUUCUAUUGUUGUAAAAUUGCCGAUGAACGCCUUUCAAGAAGUUUUCCAAGAUCAUCCAGAUGCAUUUGUUCGAGUCAUUCAGGUCAUCAUGGUCAGAUUACAACGUGUCACAUUUACAGCACUGCAUCAAUACUUGGGUCUCUCGGCGGAAUUAGUUAACCAAGGUUCAUACAAAAAGAAGCACAGUUCGGUCAUGGGUUCUCCAGUUAGAUCAAGAACCCGCGACAAUUUUAACGCGUCUGAUAAUCUUACUAGUUCGUAUUCAGCAACUACCGACCAACAACCAGACAUUACUCUGCGUGAGUACAACGUUGGCAUGUCUCAACCUGUCCCAAUAAUGUCAUCUCGAAGAUCGAAAACAAAUUUAGAAAUGAAGAGUUCAACCCCAGGUUCGCAUGCUACCCAGUACACUCCCGAGAAUCCCGAAAGCGAAUCUGUCUGGCCGGGUUCUAAUCAGCCUCCCUCACAGCACGGUGUCGAGCCAUCGGACAGCGGUGGUCCUGGAACACACUCUGGUAGUGCCAGUCGAAAACACUCGAAAAUCGAGGGCCCUCAGCAGCACCUGGAUGAGGCUCAAGUUGUUCAAAUUGCCACCGAAGCUUUUGUAAAAGAGCUAGGACUAGAAGACGAUACACUUCUUAAAAGUGGCAAGGUUCAGAUACGCGAAGUCCUCGGUGGUACUUAUCUGAUGAAGGAGGAAUCUCACAAAGAUGUAGCACUGGUUUACGUUGUGUCGGGAUCCUUGAUAAUCAGUCAACGCUCUUCCGAGGGCCGCGACGGCGAAGAUGUACACAUGUUCAGUGCUCAUCAAGGUGAAAUCGUAGGCGGACUAGCCGUACUGACGGGCGAGCCAUCGUUUUAUACAAUCAGAGCAAAACACUCGAGUCGCAUAGCACUGCUUAGCAAAUCCACGUUUUUUUCGAUCAUGCGCGAGAGGCCCACCGUUGUAUUACACAUUGCCAAGACCGUCGUACGACGGUUGAGCCCGUUUGUUAGACAGGUCGAUUUUGCCCUCGACUGGCUGUUUUUGGAAAGCGGAAGAGCAGUUUAUCGCCAAGGUGAUGAGUCUGACUCAACGUUCAUAGUUUUAAGUGGUCGCUUGAGAUCGGUAAUUACGUACGAAAACGGAAAAAAAGAGGUGGUCGCCGAAUACGGUAAAGGUGACCUGGUUGGCAUCGUCGAGAUGGUAACGCAGACUCAGCGAUCUACCACUGUCAUGGCAGUCCGUGACUCUGAGCUGGCAAAGCUACCCGAGGGUCUUUUUAAUGUCAUCAAGCUCCGGUAUCCCAUUGUUGUGACAAGGCUGAUUAAUUUACUUGGUCACCGUUUGUUGGGCACAUGGAAGCAAUCGCGACCGCAAAAUGGGUCUUGUGACGGAAGGCAAACAGCCCUAGAUGCUCGACCAGCACAAGUUAAUUUUUCAACAGUUGCCAUUGUUCCCAUCUCGGAUGACGUUCCACUGACGGCAUUUACUUACGAGCUGUACCACUCUUUGUGUGCCAUUGGUUCUACCGCCCGACUAACUUCCGACGUUGUACGAAAAACAUUAGGGGCAACCAUCAUGGAACCAAUGAACGAAUAUCGACUAACGUCAUGGCUGGCGCAGCAAGAAGACCAGCAUCGCAUAACGCUCUAUCAGUGCGACUCGAGUUACACCAUGUGGACGCAACGUUGCAUUCGCCAAGCCGAUUGUAUUCUCAUCGUUGGUCUAGGUGACAGACCGCCUUCGCUUGGUCGCACGGAACGCGAGUUCGAACGUCUGGCCAUGCGAACGCAGAAGGAGUUGGUGCUGCUGCACAAAGAACAAGGUGGACGAAAACCUACCAAUACCGUUCAAUGGCUCAACAUGAGGUCCUGGGUUUCGAGUCAUCAUCACAUCCAGUGCCCUAAACGCAUGUUUACGAGAAAAUCGCAGUAUCGAAUUAACGAGCUGUACUCAAAGGUCCUCAUGUCAGAGCCGAACGUACACAGUGACUUUAGUAGACUGGCGCGCUGGCUUACCGGCACGUCGGUAGGUCUCGUAUUGGGUGGUGGUGGAGCUCGAGGUGCAGCUCAUGUGGGAAUGCUUAAAGCCAUCAUCGAGGCUGGCAUUCCUAUUGAUAUGGUUGGGGGCGUGAGCAUAGGAGCCUUCAUGGGUGCACUUUGGUGUAUGGAAAAAAAUAUCACGACAGUCACGCAGAAAGCUCGCGAAUGGUCACAGAAAAUGACUCAAUGGUGGAGGCAAAUUUUGGAUCUCACGUAUCCCAUGACAUCGAUGUUUUCUGGCAAAGAUUUCAAUAAUACGAUCCACAGCACAUUUGGGGACGUGUACAUCGAAGACUUGUGGCUUCCUUAUUUUACAAUAACCACUGACAUAACUGCUUCUUGUAUGCGUACGCACACACACGGAUCGCUUUGGCGUUACAUACGUGGUUCGAUGUCUUUGUCCGGUUAUAUGCCGCCAAUGUGCGACCCAACCGAUGGCCACCUUCUCCUCGAUGGCGGGUACGUCAAUAACCUCCCAGCUGACGAGAUGCUGAGACAAGGUGCACAACACAUCCUAGCCAUCGAUGUUGGGUCGCAAGACGACACCGACCUCACGAACUACGGGGAUUCGCUGUCGGGCUGGUGGCUACUAUGGAAGCGCUGGAAUCCGUUCGCCGAGCCGGUCAAGGUGCCAAAUCUGCCUGACAUACAGUCCCGACUGGCUUACGUCAGCUGUGUACGGCAGCUCGAGGAGGUCAAAAACUCGGAUUACUGUGAAUACAUCAGGCCACCCAUCGACAGGUACAAGACCCUGCAAUUUGCCAAUUUCGAUGAGAUCAAGGAUGUUGGCUACAAUCACGGCAAAACUUACUUUGAAGGGCAAACGAAGGUAGGAAUUUUACCACGAUUCCAUGCGGACCGAGAAAAGGCAAAACUGUUGAGAGCCAAAUCACUGGCUGCAAGUCAGCAGCAGGCCCCUUCGUCGUACACCUUCACUGAUCUGGCACAAAUGGUUUGCAAAGUAUCACUUUGUAACCGCUAUCCGGACUUGGACUCCGACUCUGACGGAAUGGAAGAGUACGAGGCUGAUCUGGAAGAAGACGCACAUGAAGUUGGAUACGCUUCCGAACCUACUGUUGGCGUUUCGGAUCAAUACUCCUGA